AUCCCUCUCCUCUCCUGCUAAGUGACUACUAGCUCACCUCCAAGCUUUCCCUCAUCAUGAACAGACAAGUCUGCAAGAAAUCCUUCAGUGGUGGGAGCCAGGGCUUCUCUGGCCACUCUGCCGUGGUCUCCAGCAGCAGCAGGAUGAGCUGUGUGGCCCGCUCUGGGGGAGUCAGUGGAGGGGCCUGUGGGCUACGCAGUGGAGCAGGUGGCUUUGGCAGUCGCAGCCUCUACAACCUGGGAGGCAACAAGAGCAUCUCCAUCAGCGUGGCAGGUGGUGGCUCCCGGGCUGGUGGCUUUGGUGGAGGGCGGAGCAGCUGUGGCUUUGGAGGUGGUUAUGGAAGUGGCUUUGGAGGAGAUUAUGGAGGUGGCUUUGGUGGUGGCCUUGGUGGUGGCAGAGGUAUGGGAGGUGGUUUUGGAGGAACUGGCUUUGGAGGAGCUGGCUACUUCGGUGGACAUGGUGGCUUUGGUGGCCCUGGUGGCUUCCCUGGGGGAAUCCAGGAAGUAACUGUCAACCAGAGCCUCCUGCAGCCCCUGAAUGUGGAGAUUGACCCCCAGAUUGGGCAAGUAAAGGCCCAGGAGCGGGAGCAGAUCAAGACCCUUAACAACAAGUUUGCCUCCUUCAUCGACAAGGUGCGGUUCCUGGAGCAGCAGAAUAAGGUCCUGGAGACAAAGUGGGAGCUGCUACAGCAACAGACCACGGGCUCCGGCUCCGGCCCCAGCAACCUGGAGCCUUUCUUUGAAUCCUACAUCAGCUUUCUGCGCCAGCAGGUGGAUUCGCUUCUGGGAGAGAGGGGGAACCUGGAGGGAGAGCUGAGGAACAUGCAGGGCCUGGUGGAAGACUUCAAAAAGAAGUAUGAAGAUGAGAUCAACAAACGCACUUCUGCAGAGAACGAGUUUGUGGGGCUCAAGAAGGAUGUGGAUGCGGCUUACAUGAACAAGGUGGAGCUGCAGGCCAAAGCGGACUCCCUGACGGAUGAAGUCAACUUCCUGAGGACCCUCUAUGAUAUGGAGCUGUCCCAGAUGCAGAGCCAUGUCAGUGACACAUCUGUGGUGCUGUCUAUGGACAACAACCGCUGCCUGGACCUGGACAGCAUCAUCGCCGAAGUCCGCGCCCAGUAUGAGGACAUUGCCCAGAGGAGCAAGGCUGAGGCUGAGGCGCUGUACCAGACCAAGCUGGGGGAGCUGCAGACCACAGCUGGCAGACACGGGGAUGACCUGAGGAGCACCAAGAGUGAGAUCAUGGAGCUUAACAGGAUGAUCCAGAGGCUGCGGGCUGAGAUAGAGAGUGUCAAGAAGCAGAACUCCAACCUGCAGACGGCCAUUGCGGAAGCUGAGCAGCGUGGGGAGAUGGCCCUCAAGGACGCCAAUGCCAAGCUCCAAGAGCUUCAGGCUGCCCUACAAAAGGCCAAGGAUGACCUGGCCCGGCUGCUGCGUGACUACCAGGAGCUGAUGAAUGUCAAACUUGCCCUGGACGUGGAGAUCGCCACCUACCGCAAGCUGCUGGAGGGUGAGGAGUGCAGGAUGUCGGGAGAGUGUCAGAGUGCUGUGAGCAUUUCUGUGGUCAGCAAUGUCUCCAGCACAAGCAGCAGCACCAGUGGUAGCCGUGGAGGCUUUGGAGGGGUCAGUGGUGGCAGCAGCAGUGGCUACAGAGGCAGCAGCGGUGGCUAUGGAGGAGUCAGUGGCGGCGGCAGCAGCAGCAGCAGCUACAGAGGGGUCAGCAGCGGCAGCAGCAGCACCUUUGGAGGGGCCAGCGGUGGCAGCAGCGGGGGCAGGGGCAGCAGCGGGGCUUACCAGAGCGGCAGCAGGCUCGGUGGUGCAGGCAGCAGCUCUGUGAGCCAGAGUGGAGUGGGCUCCUCCUCUGGCAGCAUCCAGACCUCUGGAGGCAGUGGCUACAAGUCCGGCAGUGGAGGCAGCACCAGUGUCCGCUUUUCCCAGACCACCAGUUCCAGCCAGCACUGUACCAAGUAA